AAAAAAAAAUCCUCAGGUUUUACAAUAAAUUUUUGCUUAACCAAAUCUGGGCAAAGCGAAGGAGCGGAGCGGCUGUUCUUUGCUCAAACAAGAGGCCAAUCGCAUACCCCGUCAAUGUUUAAGACCCAGAUCACAUUGUGAUUCACUGUCGCUCUUGAGAAUAAACAAAUGGCAGAAUUCGUGGAAGCCGAUAACGCGGAAGCCAUUAUCACUAGAAUAGAACAUAAAUCCCGCAAAAUUGAAAGCUUACUCAAACAGUAUAAACCCGUGGAGGCUUUAAAGACAGCUCUGGAAGGCUCCCCUCCCAAUACCCAAGAUGAGCGCUGUAAGUCUGCAAAUUGGAUAGUGGUGCAUAGAGCAAUAAUGGCCAUAAAAGAUGUGGAUAGCUUGUUCUCCUAUCUUGAUCCCGAGUAUUAUGAUAUUCUCAUGAAGUAUUUGUAUAGAGGCUUGUCUACAGGAGAUCGACCCACAUGUGACCAAUGCCUGCGAAUUCAUGAGAAGCUGACUGAGAGAGCUGGUUUGGGGUGCAUAUUACGAUCCCUUGCUGACACAUCGAACACUGUGUGAUAACCAGAUUGUGCAACGAAUUCCCUGUUGUUUAUUAUCCCUGUAAACUUGUAUACAAAGUUGAACAAAAACUCUCCAAGAAGAAUUUCUGAAAGUACUGGAUUUUUAUCUACAUUCGAAAAGCUUAUGUAUGGUUCUCAAACCUCUCUCUCUUAA